CCCUUUUCGAAUGACAUUUCGUGAUCGAGGUUAGCAAGAAUGACGUCAUAGCACGCCUGCGAAAACUCAACUCCUGUCAACCGAGGGCUACCUAGGCCGGCUACCCAGGCAGGUCGGUUAGCAAGGGAUGCGGUUUUGGAGAGGAUACGACAAGCCCCGCUAGUAUGUCCCAGCCGAGUUACAUGGAACAUCUUUUCAAUCGUAACAGCGCGACAGAAAGCAUAAUUCGCAGUGUUCCUGCUCCUUAUCGGCGACGCUGUUGUCGGCACUGGCCAGUGUCGUGAGGCAGAAGUCGCCGUUUUAUAUGUUCUCCAAGCCAGAAGAGAGUCGCCCAUCCUGCGUCUUUGGUGCCAACCACACAGCGUCCAGGGUGAACACCAGUGCCCGGCUGAGGGAAUUAAGGCUCCUUCUCAGCAAAGACAACCUUCAAGGCUACAUAAUACCAUCUGAAGACGCGCAUCAUAGCGAAUUUGUGCCGGACCACUACAAGAGGAGAGAGUACAUAACGGGAUUCUCCGGAGACACAGGCACUGCAGUGGUUCUGAGGGACUCCGCUGCAUUAUGGGUGGAAGGCCGUUACAUGGUUCAGGCGGAAGAUGAGCUCGACUGCAACUGGGUACUCAUGAGCGGAGGACGAACCGACGUACCUACCAUCGAAGAAUGGCUCAAAAGUAAUCUACACGGAAGUGCCCGUGUCGGCAUCGAUUGCCGUGUGGUACCGUUCCAAGAGUAUCGAAGACUGGCAGAUGGACUUCAUCCGUUCGGAAUCGAAAUAGUGGGCGAGACACGAAACCUCGUUGACGACAUCUGGACGACUGCGAGACCUCCGGAGCUCAAUACAACCAUCUCGGUGCACAGCAUCGAGUUCGCUGGUGAGAGUUGGCAGGACAAAGUUCGGAAGGUCCGCGACUUCCUCAAGAAGUCUGGUAUCGACGCUGUGUUGGUCACAAACCUGGAAGAAAUUGCCUGGCUGUACAACCUGAGAGGCAGAGAGGUUCCUUUCACGCCAGUGUUUGAAGCCUUUGCCUUUGUAUCUCAAGACGAACAAAAGCUCUACGUGUCCGCUAAGAAGCUUACGACGGAAGUCCGUAACUACCUGAUUAUGGAAGAUUGCAACAACUGGGCUUGCGUACAGUGGAAAGACUACAAGCAAAUCCCGAACGAAAUAAACCUUAGCGGCAACUUGGUCAACAAGCUCCUGGUCUCACCGUUUUGCAGCUACGCGAUAUGUGGUCAAAUGGAUGUCGACAAACUGGUUGUGAGCGAAGCACCCAUCAAGAUGAUGAUGACCAUCAAGAACAACAUUGAACUUCGCGGUCUAAGAAAUGCUCACCUGAAAGAUUCCAUCGUGUUGGUUUCUCUGCUGUCACGCAUUGACGCUGAUCUGACGGAGAAGAAACGUUGGGAUGAAAUGAAAGUUAUCGAAGAACUGACCGUACUCAGGAGUAAACAGCCACAUUACCGUGGGGAAAGCUUCGAAACCGUGGCUGCUGUUGGUCCACACUCAGCUAUGCCAGGUUACCGCACCAGGCUCGGCAACAACGCUACUAUUGACAAUACAAGCAUCUUUCUCCUCGACUGUGGCGCACAAUACCUGGAUGGCACCACGGAUGUCGCCAGGACUUUGCAUUAUGGCACUCCAGCAGAAUAUGAAAAGGAGAUUUAUACGCGAGUGCUGAUGGGCAUGGUCGACUUGUUCCUGACCGUAUUUCCAGAAGGAACAAAAGAUUCUUCCCUGGAUGUGAUUGCUCGAGCUCCUUUGUGGAGGGCUGGCCUCGACUUCUUGCACGGCGUCAGCCAUGGUCUCGGUUCCUACAUGCUGGUUCAUGAGCAUCCUCCGUUGAUUUGGCCUUUUAGUAAGGGUUAUCCGCUCCUCGCUGGUAUGGUUCUUUCUAACGAACCAGGCUACUACGAAGAAGAUAAGUUCGGGGUGCGACUAGAAACAUCCAUGGUGGUUACCUCCGUCAACACCACCUAUCAGUUCUUGACUCAGAAGCACCUGAAAUUCGAACCCAUCACAUUCGUGCCCUUCGAGCCUAAUCUCAUCAAAUGGAGGCUUCUCAACAAAGCACAGAUGGAUUGGUUGAACGAGUACAACGCUAAGACCUUGGAUGUGGUCGGAAGUGAACUAUCUCGCAUGAAAGACGAUGUGGCUUUGGCUUGGCUGCGGAGAAAGGCCUUUAAAAUAUCCAACGGUUCAUUGAUCCCAGUCGUAGCUGGAGGUUCUCUUCAAGCGGCUAACACUUUAGACGCUUUCCUCAAGGCUGGUGGAACGCGUGCGACCAUUUCUUGGGCUCUUGCCAUCGUGUACGUCUUUGUUAACGGCGUCUGAUAAGUGCUUUGGGGCGGAUUAAAUGGCUGUUGGUGCA